AGUCUGUGUUGGCAUUCGGGGCUCUCAAGUUUGGGCAUUCUAGGGGUGCUGGCAGCCCGGACGGAUGGCGCAGGGCUGGGCUGGCUUCUCUGAGGAGGAACUGAGGCGACUAAAGCAGAGUAAAGCUUUCUGUCUAACAUGGGUUGGCAGGUGACUCUACUCCAUAUAGUCACUCCACACAAUGCCUUGGUCCUGUGCUAUAGGAGCUCACCGUGGCAAGAGAAGAUUGAGAAAUCCAUUUGAACCACAGCGGCGUCCCCCUAUGAAGAAAAGUCGACAACAACUUCAGCGAGAAAAAGUCCUUCAAGAGCAAAGCCAAAAACUUGGACUGCAAGAUGGAUCGGUCAGAUUACCUCCAGAGCAGCUGCUCUCUGCACCACAACAGAGAUUCAGUCAUCAAAAGCCACAUUUUUCUCCCCCUACUGCUCCUAAUCCUCUUACAGUCAACUCUCCUGUUGGCAAUGGAAAACCACAGGGCACUGAAAGUCAACCAAGGGAACUGGGACUUGAGAAUUCCCGGGAUGGUCACAUAAGUGCUGAGGUUGUACCUCUAAAACCAGAUUGCAAAUUGGAGAAAAAGAAAGUGGAAUUGCAAGAAAAGUCUCGUUGGGAAGUCCUCCAACAAGAACAGCGGCUAAUGGAAGAGAAAAAUAAACGUAAGAAAGCUCUUUUGGCUAAAGCUAUUGCGGAAAGAUCUAAAAGAACUCAGGCAGAGACCGUGAAACUGAAGCGGAUCCAGAAGGAGUUACAGGCGUUAGAUGACAUGGUGUCCGCUGACAUUGGAAUCCUCAGGAACCGGAUUGACCAGGCCAGCCUGGACUAUUCAAAUGCUCGGAAGCGGUUUGACAAGGCAGAAGCAGAGUAUGUUACAGCCAAGCUCGAUCUACAGCGCAAGACUGAUACUAAAGAGCAGCUCACUGAGCACCUUUGUACAAUCAUACAGCAAAAUGAGCUCCGCAAGGCCAAGAAGUUGGAGGAGUUGAUGCAGCAACUGGAUGUCCAAGCUGAUGAGGAGACUUUGGAGCUUGAGGUGGAGGUGGAGAGACUACUGCAUGAACAAGAGGCAGAAGCAGGGAAACAGAAGGUUCAUGGAGAGAGGCCAUUACAGCCUUCCGGGGAGAGUGUGGCAUUAGGGUCUACUCAGAACAAAGAGCAUCAAGCACCAGCUGCUUGCCCAGAGGUCGAUGAGCAAUGUGAAAAUCCCAAGAGCACUCCCCUUCUCACUCCAGACCUCCCAAGUCAGGAAGUGAAGACUAGUGCUCAUGACAACGGUUCAGCUGCCCUGACCACAUGAAGGGCCAGUGUUUGUUGUUUUCAGCUAAUAUGGGCUUCAGUAGACUUUCUGUCGUAGAGUGUGCCAUGACCGCUGCUAAAUGCCUCUUUAAAACAAUAUUAGUUUUUUAAUCUAGGAUUAGUGUUAGAAAUAACAUGUUGGACCAUUCUAAAGCCUCAAAUAAUUAUAAUUUUAUCCAUAGUUCACCUUGAUUUUGGUCCAGUUUCCUUAGUGUCCCCUUAUUUUGGGUGAAAACAAGUAACUUAAAGAAUAGAAGAAAAAUUACAUGGUUAUGAGUGUUUUUAGACCAGGUCAAUAUAGAACAAGUAAAAUGAAAAAUAAUAAUACCUCAUCAAACUCAUUUAACUUCUGGGAGAAGUGCUGGGACUGGGAAUCCUGUUUUAUGUCAUCAGUAAAGAGCCACAAAACUUAAACAUGAAAAAGAAAACAAACAACUAACAAAAGUAGUAUUUGAGUCUUACUAGAUUAUUAUCUGUUUGGGUCUUACUAAAAUUGCAAAACACAGUUUUGAAAUUACCAGCUUAAGCCAACAUUACUUUUGUAUUCACAUUGCCUUUUAAGUGGCUCUAGUUUACAACCUGAAUUUUGAUUGGUUGACAUAUACACACAAAUAUAUAUAUAUAUACACACACACAUACACACACAUACAUAUAUAUAUAUCUCAACAUGCUAUAUAUAUAAUUUUACUAUUAAUAAAUUGUCUUUAAUCAGCACAUUGAUUAAAUUUAGACAAUGAAAACUUGUCUAUAGUGAGAUUGAAAAUAAUAUAGAAAAUCUUGCUACUUUUGAUUAUGAAAAAAUACAUUUUCUUUCUGACAUUACAGUAAGUAUGUAUUUUGUAUGUUGGAUAUAAAUUAUCCUGAUAUAAAUCAUUUAAAUUGUUAAAAUGGUGAUUUUCUUAUUACUCUAAUAGUUUAUUAAUUGCCAUCACUAAUACUUGACCACUACAUUGUGCUAUAUGUGAAUUUGUAAAUAAAUAUUAUAGUUUUGUUAUAAAAUCUGUGAAUAUCACAUUAAAUUCUGAUUUAUCAGAAAUUCCAAACAGUGAAGUCAAGCAUUUUAAGUCUUAAAAAAGAAAUAAAAGAGGAUAAGGACAAAUGUAAUAUAGUAACAUAAUAAUUUCUGAAAAAUAAUUUUUUAAUGAGUUUGUUUGAGAAUAUUAUUUUCUAAUAGUGAGGAUGAGCACUGUAUUUUUAUAUUAUGUAAUUUGACCUGAAAUUAUAGCUCUCCAUUACUGGCUUCUCUAAACAGAGACAUUUUUAUAGACCAUUUGUUUUUAUUUAUGAAUGACAUGCAUAAAAACUGAAAAUUUCAUUGUCCAAUAUAGUCCUAUUUUUCUAAGGGAUAAAUCUGAUGCACUUAUAAUGUGGUCUCUCGUUUAUCUUUUUUUUUUUAAUUUCACAGUUUAAUAUGUGUUCUUGAGCAGUGUGUGGCAGUAAUGCAUCCUGAAUCUUCAUAUGGUAGAUACAAUCAGCUAUUUUUAUAUGAACCUCUGUUAGGGCAAAAUUCAUCCAUAAAUGAGGUUUAUAAUAUUGUAUCCAAAAACAGAUGGAUACAACUUAAUACACCCUUUAAGUACCUUAAGAAUUUAUCAUAUAAGAUAUAUGGAGAAAUGAAAACCAUGAAAUAAAUGAAAUGGAUGGGGCUUUGGAGAUCAUCUGAUUUAAUGAUCUUACUUUACAGAUGAGGAAUUUGAGAGCCAGAGAUUUCACUUAUGUCAUGUUGGCCGACUGACUCACUUUAAACUUACAGGGAUAGUCAAGUUGCAGUUCUAAACUCUUGAUGUGUCUCUUUCAACCUUGAUGUAUCUCCUAGAGUGCAGACCACGAAGUUCACUGCAUCCCUCUUAAACCCACUCUGGGUUGUGUUGGUCCAUGUGAAAUGCUUUCUAUAAAUGGUCCACUGAAACCAUUACGUUGAAAAACAUACCUUGCUUGGCUUUCCCAGGGUGGUAUCUGAGUGUUCAGGUGAUGAUAUAAGUGACAAAGUUCUAUUGCAUCAGUUUUGUACAAGAGCAGCUGUAGCCCAUGUGUGAGAGGAACACGAGCAAAUGAAGGAGACGUGCGGCUCAUUGGUAUGAGGACCAUAUGCACUGGUUUCUCCAGGAUAGCCCUGAUAUCUUUUAAAAUCAUAAAAUACAUUCAAAAGACUUUUGAUAUAUGGAUUCACAAAUUCGCAGUAAUUGUUAGUUUCUCUGAAGGAAAUUAUUGGUUCAAAAUUGCUGCCAUGAGUUUAUUGGGGCACUUUGUAGAGCUGUCUUUCCUGGAGUUAAAUUCCUCUCCUCUUCCACUUCUCAAGUAGUUAGAGCAUGAGGUUAUCAGGGCACUUGAUGUGCGAUGUAAUUGAGGAGUUAACUGCUUUGGGUUAUCUCGCUUGUCCUGUUUAAAAGACAGUCUUUGCCAAAUUGUGGUAAUUUUUACUCAGUUAUCUUUAAAAAAAAAAUACUUUGAAAAGUAAAUUGAAUUCCUGAAUUUUCAGAGUUCUUUACCUUGAUUCCGUACUACUUUCUUUCAAUUAGAGCCAUUUUUUAUUAGUUUCAAGGAAACAGAGCUUCUUAAAACAAGGUUUGUGUUGCAUUGAAAACAAAGAGUUUUUUCUUAAAUUUUUCAUCUCUGCAUAAUUCUACUGAUGGAAUUAUAGCAAUUGCAGGUAGUAAAUCUUUGUACUCACUGAGAGCACAGCUGGUUUCCAAGUCAGAUGAUAAAAAUCUGAUUGCAAUUCCUAGAGCAUAUUUCAUUGCUGGAUUGGCAUUUGAAUUAUAGAGUAAAAACUCGGCUAUAAACCUCUCUCACUCUUUGUUUGGAUUUAGCAACACAGUACUCUCAAGGAGCUUUAUCUGAGUAUUUAGCAACUUCCUCUUCUGAGGCACUGGCACGAAACGGACUCUGGUGAUUCUGACCCAGGCCAUUCCCAGUGACCUUUAUAAGUGAUGUUUUGGGUUUUGUAUUUCUAAGGAGCCAAGUCAGCAUUUUAAAAGGCCCUGAUAGAUAUAACUCAGUCUGCCAGACCAGACCUGGGGCGCUCUGGACCAGGGUAAUUAUACCCCUUCUCAACAUAGAUUUACCCCAGGCCUGACUUGAACUAUUCUCUGGAGGGAUGGAGCAGGACACUGUUAUCCAGGCUGCCUUUACCUUAAUGUCAGGCUACUUUUGCAAGCUCCUAAUCCCAAGCAGCUGUCUUAAAAAUGCAACAUCAUCCCUAUGCAAUGGGCCAAACAGCUGUAUCCAGCUACGUACAUGGAAGAGCUGUAUAAGAGGUACAUGAUCUGUGCCUUUGUCCCUUAGAAGCUUCUCUAGUCUAUGCGAAGGACUAAGAUUGAUACUCAUAAAAUAGAGGCUGGUACAGAACAUAAUGUCUUAUUAAUGGGAGGACAGAAUAAGUGGUAGGAACACUGAAUAUAUAUGUAUCCUCCGCAAGUCCCAAAUUUUUCGAACACUUAAUUUUAAAUAUUCUAUCCAGUUGUUUUGCAACCCAAGAAUGUAUCUAGGUAGGACCUGCCAUCCAUUUCAGUUUGCCAUUAGCACUGGGGAGCAACACCCACACACAACUAAAACAAUAACAACAAAAACCUCUCUUAGAUAAUAUGUCCAGAUUUUGAGUUAAAAAGAAAAUGUAGUCACCAGAGCAAGAGUACAUUGGGAAAAACGGGGAGGUUUCUGCAUGUCACUGAUUUAAAACAGUGGGCCCACUGGGAUUUAUCAGUGAAAAAAGCAAAAAACUUCAAGUAUUGGGGAAAUCAACUUUAAGCGCAUGCCUUUCUGACAAAAGGUUGAAGUAUCCUCUAUGUGCAGAACAGUGUAAUUAUAAGGGCGCAUUGCAAUAAUUCAAGGCAUUGCUUAACCAAGGGGCAGUAAUUACUGCCCAAGCCAGAAAAAGAUGGAAGUGGAACACACUGGUGUGAACUCAAGGAUAACUCAACAUGGAUGCAUGUUCAAAGUCACACAUAAGAGAGGUCUUUCCAAGCCAAAUGGCUUUAGGAACCUAAAAUAGAGCCAUAAUUAAGCAAUAAGACGUGACAGAGAGCACAUUUCUCGGUGAUUAUAGCAUGCCUCAGGGAUAAGUCACUAGGCCAAAAGUUCAUAUGAGGAGUGAAAUAACCUUGCAAUGUAUAGUGUCACGCUACUAGAGGGAGAAGGAGGAGGAAAUGAAUAAUGGGAGUUAGUAGAGUUAUUUCAUAAGCUGUUAUUUCAGUUGUUGGGUAACACUACCUUGUGUAUACUACACAUGGCCAUUAGUUGUAUCCAGCAUCCUAAAGCUCCAUGUUUACACCAGAACCUUCAUUUAAGUAAAAGCCCUGUAGAACUGUCCAUCUUCUCAUUUUCUCAGCCAAGCAAAAACCAGGCAUUACAGACACAAACUGAAAAGUCCAUAGCCAUAUAAAUGGAACUAUAUAGUCUGGUAAAAUUAUAAUUGCAGUUGCUUAAACCUGGCUUGUAUAACUUGAAAGUAGCUGAAGCAACCACAUUGAGUCAUUUUCAGUAUUGUGGCUCAUUUGUCUCAUGUGCAUUUAACUCAGAAACUACCAGUAGACAUUGCCCUGUGUCCCAUAGGUCCAGAAACCUCUGCAGCCUUCUGUGCUGAGCUUUCCCUUCCUCAUUGAGUUGCUGCUGGAAGACAGGGAGCACUCUAGAACUAGUCACCAAUUGAACCCCACGCUAUGGUGGAGGCGGGCCUUUUAUCGGGAUGACAAGUGAGAUACCCAGUCUCCAAACUCUGAAGAUGCCCUGAAAAGGCCUGCACAUAGAGGCAGCCAGCUAUCUUAUUGCCAUAUUCUUCUCCAUGUUUCUCUUAUUCUUAUCACUUUAGAAGAUAAUUAAAAACCUUCUGAACCAAACAGACAAGCUUUUUUGUGGUCCUUCACAUCUCCUAUUGCACAAGCCAGGGCUGUACUCUGGACAAAUUUCUGGGCAAACAAUGGUUUUUAUCUUAGACAGUCCAGCCCCUCCUUUAGGUGACCCGUGCUCUCACUCUCUUCAAAUCUGCUCUUAAGAAAAGAUCUGAAGACAGUUACUAUAGACUGAAAAUGUUGUGUCCUUCUAAAAUUCAUAUGUUGAAACCUAACCCCUGAUGUGAUGGUAUUAGGAGGUGGGUGGGGUCUUUGUAAUGUUAGGCCAUGAGAGUGGAGCCCUCAUGAAUGAGACUUAUGUUCUUGUAAAAGACCUUAAAAAGCUUCCCUUCCUCUUUGACUAUGUAAGGACACAGAGAAGAUAGUCAUCCCUGAACCAGAAAGCAGCUCCUUACUAGAUACCAAACCUGCCAGCACUUUGGUCUUGAACUUCCUAGCCUCCAGAACUGUGAGAAAUAAAUUUCUAUUUUUGACAAGUCAUCCAGUCUACAGUAUUCUGUGAUAGCAGCCUGAAUAGACUAAGACAACAGUUACAUCUUGGGGAAACUUUAAAUCAGGUUACUUUUCCCAAGUGUCUCUACAUUUUAAUGUAAUGAAUCAUUUUAAAGUAAUGUAUUUCAGUUUGUGUUGCGGAAAGCUUAACCCCCAACUAAAGGAAUUUAAAGCAUCAGAGAGCAGGUGUGAGAAGGAAUUGAGAUUCUGAAAUGAUAUCCGACUGCAUGAGCUGAGAAUUGAAUCUCUGAAGUUUUGCCCAUGCUAUAGUCUCCAUUUAAGAAAGAUGACCCAACCUGUCCUCCCCGACUUCCCAUUGCUAGUGGAACAUGUUAGGGAAAUGAAAUCAAGUCUGCCGUUCUAGCCACAAGAAUCACUUAUCGGUGGUUGCAUAAUAAACUGUCCCAUAACUCAGUGUCUGAGAUAAAAAAAAACACUGUUGUUUGCUUAUGAUUCUGUGGGUUAAGUAUUUGGUCCAGGCUCUGCUAGAAGUUCUGCUGAUCUUAUUGGGGAUCACUCAGGAGGUUGCAGUACUCCACAGGGUUUUUUAGGGGCGGGUGGUCUAAGACAGCCCCACCCACAACCUGGCAAUUGGUGAUGCCUGACACCUGGGGCUUUUUCUCCAUUUCCUCUCAUCCUCCAGAGAGCCAGUUUGAAUAUCUAUUCACGGAGGGCCCGGGGUUAGAAGAUAGUAGGAGGGAACUUCAAAGAUAGCUCCUUGAGACCCAGGCUCAGAGCAGUCAUACAUCCCGUCUAUUGCAUUCCACUGCCCAAAGCAAGUCCCAAGACCAGCCCGGACCUGGUGGUGGCAAAAUGGACUCUGCAUCUGAUGGAAGGGGCAGGAAAGUCACAUUGCAAUGGAUAUUCAUGUACGAAUGAAAGUAAUGGUUGUGCCAUCUUUGCAGUUUACUACAGUCUGGCCCUCCUUGCUACAGUAAUUCACAUCUAUUCCACAUACAAAAUGCACCCACCUUUUCCCUCCAACCUCUCAUCCCAUUGUGGUUUCAGGCAUGGAGUCCAGGAUCUCAUCAGCUGAUCAAGUCCAGAUGUGAAUGCGGCUCCUCUUCAUCAAAAUACCUGUGAACAAAAAUGAGAAGUUCCCUGUCCUCACCAUGCCUCAACAUACAAUGCAUGCUGAGAAAUACACCAUAAAACUCAACGAUAAAGUACAAGACAUCAGUAAUAAAGGUAUGAAGAGGGAAAGAAGGAAGGAAGGAGGAAGAGCAGGAAGGAGGAAAUAAAAGAAGAAAGGAAAGAAGGGGGAGUGGAAGAGAGGGCAGGGAGGAGAUAGAGGGAGAGAGUAAUAAAAAAGAAAAACAGAAGAAGAAAAAAAGCUGCGAACAUAUUGCUGUUGCCUCAAGGCUGCGUGUCUUAUGUUUGUUCCCAGGCCUCUUGUGAUCAUCUGGCUCAGGCUGGGAACAGCCUCAGAGGAGAUCUGAAAUCCCAAGAGGAUAGUGGUAUUUAAAGUCCAGAAAUUUCAUAUCACAGACCAUGCCAAGCCACCAACAUCAGCCUCUUCUCUAUGUGUCUAUCAGCAGAAGCAAUGAGAUCUCGGGUCCUAGAAGGCCCCUUCUUGAUUUUAACCCAAGCGAAUUCUUCCCAUUUAAAAUAAAAAAAAAAAAAAUCAACUUGGACUGUGAUCUCAUACAC